UUAUGUAAGGGGCGAACUCCGCGGGGCUGCGCUCCUUUGUACCGCGUCGGACUUUUCCUCGGGCUCCCGGAGCGAGUCUGCUGCCAGUUCACGGAAAGAGAAGAGAAUGGCUGCAAAGGAGAAGUUGGAGGCAAUGUUAAAUGUGGCCCUGAGGGUCCCAAGCAUCAUGCUGUUGGAUGUCUUGUACAGAUGGGAUGUCAGCUCAUUCUUCCAGCAGAUCCAAAGAAGCAGCCUGCACAACAACCCUCUCUUCCAGUACAAGUACUUGGCCCUUAAUAUGCAUUAUGUGGGUUACAUCUUAAGUGUUGUGCUCCUAACUUUACCAAGGCAACACCUUGUUCAGCUUUACCUGUACUUUCUGACUGCACUGCUGCUGUAUGCUGGGCACCAAAUUUCCAGGGAUUACGUGAGAAGUGAAUUAGAAUCAGGAUAUGAAGGGCCGAUGUACGUGGAGCCUCUCUCAAUGAAUCGUUUCAUGACUGCAUUAGUAGGUCAGCUGGUGGUGUGUACGCUCUGCUCCUGCGUCAUGAAAACAAAACAGAUCUGGCUCUUCUCUGCUCACAUGCUCCCUCUCCUGGCACGGCUCUGCCUGGUCCCGUUGGAAACCAUUGUCAUCAUCAACAAAUUUGCCAUGAUUUUCACUGGUUUGGAAGUUCUCUACUUUCUGGGAUCAAAUCUCCUGGUGCCCUAUAACUUGGCAAAAUCUGCAUACAGAGAGCUUGUCCAGGUGGUGGAAGUGUAUGGUCUGCUGGCUCUGGGGAUGUCACUGUGGAACCAGCUGGUGGUCCCUGUUCUUUUCAUGGUGUUCUGGUUGGUCUUAUUUGCUCUCCAGAUCUAUUCCUAUUUCAGUACCCGGGACCAGCCAGCCUCGAGAGAGAGGCUUCUCUUCCUCUUCUUGACGAGUAUUGCAGAAUGCUGUAGCACUCCAUACUCGCUCCUGGGUUUGGUCUUCACUGUCUCCUUUGUUGCUCUGGGAGUUCUGACUCUCUGCAAGUUUUACUUGCAGGGCUACCGAGCAUUCAUGAAUGAUCCUGCUAUGAAUAGGGGAAUGACUGAAGGAGUCACACUUCUGAUCCUGGCUGUGCAAACAGGUUUGAUUGAACUCCAAGUUGUGCAUCGGGCGUUCCUGCUCAGUAUUAUCCUUUUCAUUGUGGUGGCAUCCAUACUGCAGUCCAUGCUGGAAAUUGCUGAUCCUAUUGUCCUGGCAUUGGGAGCAUCAAGAGACAAGAGUCUGUGGAAGCACUUCCGAGCAGUCAGCCUCUGUUUGUUCUUACUUGUGUUCCCUGCGUACAUGGCCUACAUGAUAUGUCAGUUCUUCCACAUGGAUUUCUGGCUGCUGAUCAUUAUCUCCAGCAGUAUUUUAACCUCUCUUCAGGUGCUUGGGACACUCUUCAUUUAUGUUUUGUUUAUGGUAGAAGAGUUCAGAAAAGAACCAGUUGAAAAUAUGGACGAUGUGAUUUAUUAUGUAAACGGCACGUACCGGCUGCUGGAAUUCCUUGUUGCUCUCUGUGUGGUGGCAUAUGGUGUCUCAGAAACUGUCUUUGGUGAAUGGACUGUUAUGGGUUCUGUGAUCAUCUUCAUUCACUCCUACUACAACGUGUGGUUGCGGGCCCAACUGGGGUGGAAAAGCUUCCUUCUUCGUAGAGAUGCUGUGAAUAAGAUCAAGUCACUGCCCACUGCCACAAAAGAACAGCUGGAGCAGCACAACGAUAUCUGUGCCAUCUGCUACCAGGACAUGAAAACAGCUGUGAUCACACCAUGUAGCCAUUUUUUUCAUGCGGGCUGUCUGAAGAAAUGGCUGUACGUGCAAGAAACCUGCCCUCUGUGCCACUGCCAGCUUAAGAGCCCUUCACAGCUACAAGGACUGGGGCCAGAGCCAGUUCAACAGCCAAAUCCUGGUGCAGAGCAAAACGUCAGACCUGGAGAUGAGGCUGAGCCCCCCGGCACUAAGCAAAACAGUGGACCAAAUACAGAAGACAGCCCCAGUCAGAGUGAUGGACAGGACAGCCUGGAGGCCUCUGCUGAGACGGAGGGAUUCCAGGGCGUGGAAAAGGGCACGAGCCCAUGUGAGGCCAGCCAGGGAGCAGCGUGUGCUGCAGAACUCGUGGCAGCCCCAGAGGGGUGCCCCACUCGAGACCUGAGGGUUAGCAUCCAGCUCUAAGGUGACAAAGGAUGGUAUGGGAACGAACACAUUUCAGAAAUCCUAGUUUGACUCAGAAGAAAACCUAUCCUUCCACAUCAGGAAAGUUUAGCUGUUAAUGCUGGUCAAAAUGUAAUAUCCUAUGCUGAUUUUCGUGGGCUGCUUGGUAGCGGUAACUGAGAUGUAGUAGAAAUGACUCCAGAAGCUCUCUGAACUGUGGGCAUAGGAAGGAUGUCUGAAAAUAAAUUUAAGCUAAAGAGUGUUUUCAAGACAUAGAUAAGGGAUGAGAAGCACAGGAGGUCUGUGGGAAGUCGCAGACAGACAGACAAAGUGCUGGCUUUUGUUUUCUUGGUGAGGAAGGCAUCGAAUGCUGCAUGUCCCAGCGUCCCAGAGAGGUGUUAAAUGCAGUGAGUUGCUGGUCUCUGGCUGAGGUGCAGCUCUGGUUACUGACAAUUUUUUUUAUGGCACGUAAGCAAAAAUCAAAGAUACAGCGGCAGUGAUUGUACUAGAAGAUGGAAGCACUCUAAAAACGUCAUGUAUAUGCUUUGGGUGUUCUUGGUUGGGCAACUGCAUUUUAAGUCAUGUAAUCUAUAGUGACUCUUGACUUUUAUGAUGGAGUCUUCAAUAUUUUGAUGUAUAUGAAACUUUUGCUAAUAAUGGGCACAGUCUGGGCUGCAUGAAGUAAACUAAAACUCUAAUGAACGCUUUGGCCUCCGCUACCACGUGCAGGAGGAAAGUGGGAUGAGUUUUAGGGCACGGAUAGAGGCCUUGCAAUACUGUGCUGUGUAAUGUUUAAUUCUUGCAGCUGAAUUAAAACAGUAUUAAACUCUGGCGAUAUUUGCACUUUGGGAA